CGAUAUUUAUAUAGAUACUCAGGUAAAACAUCAAGAUGGAUAAGCUUAAGGAUAAACUCAACAGUUUGAAAUUGGAUGCUGAAAAAUGGCAAGAAAAGUCCGAUGAAUUGGCUGCCAGAAUCAAGGAAUUGGAACAAGAAAACUUGGAAAAGGAUAACCAAAUCCAGUCUUUAACUAGAAAGAACCAAGUUUUGGAAGAACAAGUUGAAAAAUUGGAAGGUGAUUUGGAAGCCGUUAAGCAAACUGCUGAAGAAACCACUGCUUUAAAGACUUCUAACGACAACUACACCAAGAAGAACCAAGUAUUGGAAGAUGAAUUGGAAGAAGCCGACAAGAACUUGAAAGAAACCACCGACAAGUUGAGAGAAACCGACAUCAAGGCUGAACAAUUGGAAAGAAAGGUUGUUUCCUUGGAAGCUGAACGUGAAGAUUGGGAAAAGAAGUAUGAAGAAUUAACUGAACAAUACAAUGCUGCUAAGGCUGAAUUGGAUGAAAUCAGUCAACAAUUGGAAGCUAUCUAAGCUCCAUUUUGCAUUGAAUACCCUUCUCCAUCAUUAAUAACACACAUUUGUAACAUGCCGAAGUAUAGCAGGUUAGUUUAUAGUUUAUUUUUUCUUAGUUAGUUCAUAUUAAAUUUGGGAUUAAUAUUCAUACUAUUAGUAUAGGCGUGUGUUAAUGUG